UAGAGAAAAAGUGUUGCGAUAUAUAUCGGAACAGUUUUACUGUGCUGAUAUAUAUCGCAACAGUUUUUUUUUCUAAUGAAACUCUAUAGAGAUUUCUGUGUUGAUAUAUAUCGUAACAGUUUUGUAAAAUAUCAGCACAGAUUUUGUAGUGUUAAUGUGUGUAACCAUGUUUAACAUACUGCAAAGAUCAAAGGAAAACUGCCGCACUAUGCGAUAAAUAAGAAGAACAGCAGUUAACACGGUCCAAGUUUAUCAACACGAUACAGGUUAGUGGGUACAUUUGAACCAAGUUUACAAAUCUAACAUAUGAUAAUCAGUUGUUUAUAUUCAUAAUUGUGUGUUCAGUAUUUUAUCAGUAUAUCAUGAAUUAAAACUACGACAACUCGUUAUUGCUGUUAUAUUUAUAAACUAAAUCUGUAAAUAAAUAACCGCAUGUGCUGAGAAGUUUAAGACCAGUAAGCGACAAGAACACAAUGAUUAGGAUUACAUCGGAAUUACCUGAUGGAAAUAAGUCAGAACAUAUUUUUGCAGAUGGAAUAACAUACACGUCUCAAACCUUAGAUAUUAUACCAAACAGAGACCUAAAAUCACACAUAGAUAAUGUUUGUAACUUAGAGAUACGUGAUGACGAUAUAUACCUGGCUACCUUUCCUAAAAGUGGCACACACUGGGUAUGGGAGAUUCUAGUCAUGCUUAGGCGUGGUAAUGCUGAGUACGAAACUAAAACGAAAGAAGCUGCAUUCCUGGACUUCCAACCUCCUGAAAUAGUAGAAGCUAUUCCUUCACCGAGGGUACUGAAUUGCCAUUACCCUUGCAAACUCACACCCAAUGGUGUAUUUCGAAAGAAAGUAAAGAUUGUUCAAGUGAUGAGGAAUCCCAAAGAUGUUUUUGUGUCGUUCUAUCACCAUCACAAGUACUUUGACAAAGAAAACCAAAUAAAAUCUUUUCAAGAUUAUCUGCCAAGAAUGACGGGUGAUUAUGGUCUGUAUCAUUUUUAUCCAUGGUUUCAAUAUGUAAAAGAAUGGGAAAGAUUUUCAAAGAAUCAUCCAGAUCAGAUUAUCAAUAUUUAUUAUGAAGAUUUGAAAGAGAACCCAGUCAGAGAAAUAAAGAAACUAGACAAGUUUCUUGACAUGGAACGAAGUGAAGAUCUGAUUACAAAAAUUGCCAAUGCAUGUAAUUUUGAAAACUUGAAGAAAGCAGAUUUGGAAAUCAAAGUUCAAGAGGAAAUUUCAGAAGCUGACGAUAGACCUUCACCAAUGUACAGAAAGGGUCAAGUGGGAGACUGGAAGAAUUAUUUCACUGUGGCACAAAAUGAAAAAGUAAACACGUGGUUGGAAGAUAAUUUUGUGGACACCGAGCUAAAUUUCAGAUACACUUUGUGAAAAUUGUACAGAAGUUUGUGGACACCGACCAUAACUUCAAACAUACGUUUUAAAUAGGAUACAAAAUGUGUGGACACUGACAUUCUUUUUAUUCCCUGAUAUAUAUGAAAAUGUUGAAGGGCUCGACUGUAAGGUCAAAUAUACUCCAUUCAUAGAAUUCUACUAUAUGUGUUCAGUGUAAAUAGUGACAGAUCUGCUAAUUAUCACUUGUUAAUGAAUUUAACAGCGAUACUAAUUUUAGAUUUGCGAUUGUUUAUAUUGGUAUCCUGAUAUAUAAAUUUAUAUACAUAUCAAGAAGGUAAUAAAAUUAUUUCACGAAUGUGACUUAUUUUAUAAGCUGUAGAAUCUUUGAUGCUCUUGUUAACAACAUUAGCAUUACAUACUUUGUCUCUUACUUUUCCGUGA